UGAAUGAAUCCCUUCCAUUUGGAAGGCAGAGAGACUCCGUGUGCUGCUGCUGGUACGGGAGAUGCAGAGCAGGCAUCGCAGAGAGGAUUCUGAGCCUCCCCUGUGCCCCUCCCGCCCACCCGCGGGAGCCCGCGCAGCGGCUGCCCAGUAGGAAUAGUCAUAACGUACCCAGACCCACUUCUCACUGAUGAUGAUAAAGCCAGCUCCAGCGAGCAGAGGUUUAAGUGCUCAGUGAGCCUGCGCAUGCCGCAUGCGCCGUCUACCGCUCCCGUAACUUUACGUACGCCGGUAGAGACGUGGCUGGGGAGGCGGGGUCUGUCGCGCAGGCGCACUAGCCAGCCGCCGUUAAGUCUGCGCUGCCCGGCAGCCCCCGAGAGGUGUCCACGGGACUAAGAGGGUCCGGGUCUUGACCGCGGUUCCCUCCCACCCGGGGCGGCGGGGUCCUGAGCGCCGCGCGCGGUAGGAGGAGGGUUCUACGAAUCGUUCUUGCCGUCCUUCCGCGAGGCGAGUACCCGUCCGGCGGGGCGGCGGCAGCAGCGGCCAGAGCCAGGCCGGAGGCGGCGGAGCCCGGCCCCCCGGUCCCCCUCCCCGGCCGCCCCCGCCGCCAGCAUGAAGCUCGUGAGGAAGGACAUCGAGAAGGACAACGCGGGCCAGGUGACCCUGGUGCCCGAGGAGCCCGAGGACAUGUGGCACACUUACAACCUGCUGCAGGUGGGCGACAGCCUGCGCGCCUCCACCAUCCGCAAGGUGCAGACCGAGUCCUCCACGGGCAGCGUGGGCAGCAACCGCGUGCGCACCACGCUCACCCUCUGCGUGGAGACCAUCGACUUCGACUCGCAGGCGUGCCAGCUGCGGGUCAAGGGCACCAACAUCCAGGAGAACGAGUACGUCAAGAUGGGUGCCUACCACACCAUCGAGCUGGAGCCCAACCGCCAGUUCACGCUGGCCAAGAAGCAGUGGGACAGCGUGGUCCUGGAGCGCAUCGAGCAGGCCUGCGACCCGGCCUGGAGCGCGGACGUGGCCGCCGUGGUCAUGCAGGAGGGCCUCGCCCACAUCUGCCUGGUCACGCCCAGCAUGACCCUCACCCGCGCCAAGGUGGAGGUGAACAUCCCCCGCAAGCGCAGGGGCAACUGCUCCCAGCACGACCGGGCCCUGGAGCGCUUCUACGAGCAGGUGGUUCAGGCCAUCCAGCGCCACAUCCACUUCGACGUGGUCAAGUGCGUCCUGGUGGCCAGCCCCGGCUUCGUGAGGGAACAGUUCUGCGACUACAUGUUCCAGCAGGCCGUGAAGACGGACAACAAACUGCUGCUCGAAAACCGGUCCAAAUUCCUUCAGGUACAUGCCUCUUCCGGGCACAAAUACUCAUUGAAAGAAGCCCUUUGUGAUCCUACUGUGGCCAGCCGACUCUCAGACACCAAGGCUGCUGGUGAAGUAAAAGCCUUAGAUGAUUUCUACAAGAUGUUGCAACAUGAACCUGACCGAGCUUUCUAUGGACUCAAGCAGGUGGAAAAGGCCAAUGAGGCCUUGGCAAUUGACACACUGCUCAUCAGUGAUGAGCUUUUCAGACACCAGGAUGUAGCCACCCGAAGCAGAUAUGUGAAAUUGGUGGAUAGUGUCAGAGAGAAUGCAGGCACAGUUCGGAUAUUUUCUAGUCUUCAUGUAUCUGGGGAGCAGCUCAGCCAAUUGACUGGAGUUGCUGCCAUUCUGCGCUUCCCUGUCCCUGAUCUUUCUGACCAGGAGUCUGAUUCAAGUUCUGAAGAGGAUUAAUGAUUGACACUUGUAAAAAAGAGACCAUUUACUGCCCAUCUACUUCACCUACAUAAACUAAUAUAUAAAACAUGUUCUCAGAUCCAGUAUGAAAGCUGCUAGGGAGGUUCUGUUUCAUUUACAUGAGAGUUUUUUCGUGUCAGGCUAGCCUCUUUCUGUUGGAAGACCUACACAACUAGAAAAUAAAUUAAGAGAAAAUGUCUAAUUUUAUCCUUAUUCACAUUGGUAAUUAUUUUUAGGAAAAACUGUUUUAAAGAUACAAUAGUUUGAUAUUUAGGGAAAAAAUGUUGUGUGUUUUGAUUACAUUAACUGAAUUCAGUGUAUACUCUACUGGAGAUAAGCUACUGUGCUUGUUUCUACUUUGUCAUUUCAGAGUGCUUUGAAGUAAUUUUACUUGGCCCUCACAGAUAGCUAAACUGAGAGUGGUUUUGGAAGAUGAGAUAGAAAAUUCACCAAAGAAAACCUGAAAAUUGACAUUAUUGUUAAGGAAAUUACAGAAAUGAUUGAGAUCAUUUCUAACAUGCCAAGAAGCCAAUGUGCUUAUCCCUUUUUUUUUUUUAAUAAAAAGAUUUAUUAGGAGAGAGAUAUGUCCAGGGAACAGAUCACCUUGGUAACUGUCCUGCUCAAGUAAGAGACCAGUCUUUUGUAUCUUUACAAAAGAUAAGAGGGAAAUGGACAUUACAAAGAGCUGAGAGGGGAUUUUGGAAUAAUGGGGCUUCUGUAGGAUAUGAAGCCUGCAUCCAUAUCUUGUAUAUUAGUAUAUCAUCUUGAAGACCUUGAUUUUGCUUAUCAGCAUACCAGGGUCCUGCUCUGCCUGAGGUGCUUUUCCCUUGGAAAAGCUUUAAGGAUUCUUUGGAGGUUGGGAUCUUUAGGUUUCUGGGGGGUCCCACUGCAUUCCCAUAAUAUUCCACCCCUCCUUAUUUCAUGCUUAUCCCUAAUAGUUAAUCUUAUGCUAUGCUGUGCACUACUUAGCAUACAUUCAUAGAGUUUUAGAACAGGAAGAAACCUUUGUAGAUAUAACACUUUUACUUUACAAACUAAACUUGCUUCCAAAGAGGUUAAAUUCACUUCCCUGAAGUCAAGCAGCUAGUUAUUAGCAAAGGUCAUAGUGGAAUUCAACUUUGACUUCAUAUACAGUGGUCUUUCUAUUUAUCCCAUGUGCUUAUUUUGAUUUGUCAAAUUUAUUAGUAGUUGUGUUAGUAUUUCAAGUUGUCUGCCUUUAACUGGGAGCUUUUAAGCAGUAUUUUCUAGAUUCUGAACAAUGCUGGUUUAAGUUAUGCAGUUGCAUCAAGAUUGGAUAGAAUCUAUAUGCAACAAAAUAAGACGUUUAACUUGUUUUGUAAUUGAAAAAGUGUGCUAAGUAAUUCUCUAGUUAACUACAGUGUCAGUGAAAUGGUCUAAUUGUUUGAAGUGGUAGAUUAUAUUUUGCUCAAGUGGAAAGUUUUAGACAUUCAUUAACUCAUCAGUCCAAAAUGAUAUAAUUUAUUUCCUGUUCUUACACCUGACAUGUGUAAAUGAAAUCUGAUAAUUAGUUCUAACCAGUAUUUUAGCCAGUAUUUUACAUGUGCCUUCCCAGCAAAUCUCUUCACAAAGCUGCUAACCCUGCAUAAAAAUAGAUCUAAAUCCAUGUCUCUUCCCCACUCUACAAUGUUUCCUUUUGUAAGUUUUAAAAAAAAUUGUUACAUUUUCCUCCUCCUAUACACACACACACACACACACACACACACUUUAAGCUAUUUCAUCCUUGACAAAAUGAACAAUAUUAAGAUAUAUAAGAUAUGGUGGAACUUUCACUUAACCUCUAGAAUAAAUACUUCAUUUGAAAUGCAGUAAAGCAAUAGGAUGACACUUAACUGUGUCAUUAGCUUAUACUAAUUAACUGAAUAUGGCAGAUCUUUAACAGAAAUUUGAUGGUUUGCUGUUCUGCAUAUAUUAAUCACAAUUUCACUUUUGUUGAUUUUGAACUUUGUUUAUGAUGGAAGAUUAGUCGUGUGAAAGUUGUACUAAAAAAAUCCAGUUAUUUUGACCAUUGCUUCACACUUCCCAAGAAGCAUGUCCAAUAGUUUAGAAAAUUCUGCCUUAACCAAAAAAUGUUUUCUGCUGUCAAAUGGCCAGCAAAAAUGUGCUUAUAUGUAGGCCAUGCUUUAUACAAAAUUAAGUCUUUAAAAAUACCCAUAAAAAUACUAAGAUAAUUUACCUCAUGGUAAUUAUGAGGGGCUACCUAGAAAUCAGGGAGACCUGGGUUCAAGUACAGUUCCUGAUGUGGGGUUAUCCUGAGCCUGUCAUUUAAUCUCUUAUGCAGCUCUUUCAUGGUCAAUUGCUGAGUCAUUUUGGGUCUGCUUUUGUCUUGUCCAGGGAAUUUGUUCACUAAGAAUUCUCUCCAUCUGUGAAAUCACAGACCCUCUUCCCCUUCACCACUCCCUAAAAGCAUUUAAGUCAAUAAGGUCUGUUUCCUUGUGCUCAUAUCUUAAUUCUUUUCUCCCUAUAGAAAUCAAAUAUAUAUUUGAAAAAGUUCUCUAAUAUUUAAAAAUUUGCAUACCAGAAAAUAAAAUUAGUUUUAAGAUCCUUAUUUCCAAAUCUCCCUUUAAAAACAGAAGUGUUUAGGGAGUGGUUUAGUUUUCUUUUAAUCUGAGCAAAGACUAUUAAAUGUUUUAUGGGAAGAGCAUCUGUGGAAUUUGCAGGAUUCAGAAAAGGAGAGGAUUCCCAAGAGAGUUUCUGAGAGUAGGUUAGCAGGGCCUUGAAUUUAAACAUACAAUUGGUUAAGAAUAAAACAUUUCAAGUAAUAUAAUGGUUCCUUUUAUGUUCUUAAAAUUCAACUAACUUGAAUUCUUGUCACCUUUAAUAACUUAAAAACAUGCUGUGGCUUAUACCUUUCAGAAAUAGAUGGGUGUACGAAUAUUUAUCAUUUUUGAGUUGGAACAAUUUGAAACUUGUUUUGGUUUGCCUUGGAUUUCUGCAAUGCAGUGAUGUUUUACUUCAGUAUACUCAAUGGGGGGGGGAGGAGACAAGUUUAGAAAAGUUCUUGAAAUAAAAAUAUUUCAAGCUCUUAAAAUGUUUAA